GCCCAGACCUGCCCUGGGCCUUCCCGGCCUGGACAGGGACCCUGGGCCCGGCAGCGGCAUGAGGGGCCCCAACUCAAGAUGACCGCCCCAGCCUGGCCCCUCACUGCCUUCAAGCUGCUGUUCCUGCCGCUCCUGCUCCCCCAGAACGCCACCGCCAGCGUCGCGGAUACCUGCACCUUCCCCGACAGCCCUAUCAGCUCCACCUUCCUCCAGGCCAUCAGCGACUUGUCUGACUACGUGCUCAGGGACUACCCAGUGGAUGUCCCGGCCAAUCUUCAGGUGGACGAGCAGUGCUGGGCCCUGUGGCACCUGGCCUUGGCCAAGCAAACCCUGGAGCGCCUGAAGCUGGUGGCGGGGAGUAAGCUGCAGGUCCCCCUGGAGGCCGUGUACACCGAGGUCAACUUUGUCAGUCAAUGCAUCAACCAGCCACCUGGCAGCCCUGCAGACCCUCAUCACUCACCAGAGCUUCCAGCCCUGCCAACAGUAUCGCUGCCAGCCAGAGCCCUCCACUGUCUCCACGCUCCCCUCAUCUGGCAGUCUUGGGGCACUGGGAAACACCCUGAGACCACCCAAGCCCUCCCACUUUCAUCUGCUGGCGCUGGGGGUGCUGCCAAUCCUGCUGCUGCUGAUCCUGGUGGCUGCCUGGAGAUGGAAGCAAAGAAAGAGGCAGUCGAGGCCACCAGGAUCCCCCAAGUCCCCAACACCCCAGGGCCCCCCAGACUCUGUCCCCCAGGAUAUGCAGGUGAUGGUGCUUUGAAAGAAGACAUGGAUGUCUGGAGGGCCUUGAAGGCAAAACCCAGAAGCUGGGGCUACCUCCUGAGGAAGCCUUCCGUAAGGAACCCAGCUUAAGACUGGCCUCCUUCCUUUCUCCUUCGAUGAGUCUUGAGUUAUUGCUCUCUUCUUGGGGGGGCUAAGCACCCCCCCCCCAAAAAUGGUGCCUGCUGCCCCUUCUCUCUCCUCGAGAGGGGUAACCUGCAGGGUACCUUUGGACCAGCCCACCCUCUGUACAAAGCUCUGAGGAUGUAUAUAAAACAUUUUCUAAUAGA